AAACACGGAAGUUGUUGUUCCGGGAAGAGAGGCGCUUUGUAAAAAAAAAAGAAAACUGUGGCGCUUUGUCAAUUUGUCAUCAUCAACGCUUUUGUUCACCGUAUGAAGCCAUGAUGCGAUUAACAGCUCUGUGUAUCGCCAUUUUCUGCCUGUCUCAGGUUUGCACCAGUGCACCAGUGUUAAGGGAAAAAAAGGACACCUCAGCAGACUCGGGGAAUAAAGUGCCAGACAAACCUAGUGAUGAUAAAACAUCUGCAAAUGGACAGCCACAUCCGGUCAAUGCUAACAGCGCUAAUCAGGAAAAAGAGUCAAAAGAUCCCGCAAAAGAGCCUAACGAUUCUUCAAAAGAGCCUAAAGAUCCAGCAAAAAAGACUGAAGAUCCAGCAAAAAAGACUGAAGAUCCCGCAAAGGAGUCUAAAGAUGAUCCCGCAAAAGAGUCUAAAGAUGAUCCCGCAAAAGACUCUAAAGAUCCCGCAAAAGAGUCUAAAGAUGAUCCCGCAAAAGACUCUAAAGAUCCCGCAAAAGACUCUAAAGAUCCCGCAAAAGACUCUAAAGAUCCUGCAAAGGAGCCUAAGGGGCCCGCAAAAGAACAUAAAGAUGAUGACAAGAUAAAUGAGGAAAGCAAAGUUAAUUCUAGCAAAGAUGAUAAUGUGAUCACUGACGACCAGUAUAAUGACAAAGACAACCCUGAAACUCAAGAUGAGGGAACCAAAACUGAACUUGAGGACACGGCGGAAAGCGAAAAAGAACCUGUCAAAGAAAAAGACAACGACUCAGACAAUGUUGAAAAGCCUAAAAGCAAAUCAGGGGUUCCAAAGCACAUUCAGAGCAAUGCAGAAGACAUUUCAGAGUUGAAGGAGGGCGGCGAGAACAGCCACUUCUUUGUGUAUCUGGUGUGUGUCGUCUUUCUCGUGGCUGUGCUGUACAUUGCCAAGCACAACAAGCGCAAGAUUAUUGCAAUAUUCGUUGAGGGCCGGAAAUCAAAACAGACACGGAGACCCAAAACAUCAGAUUACCAAAAACUUGAGCAGGAUUGAGAAAUUCCCACCACCAUUGGAUGAGUCAAAAGCAUUUGAACUGUGAUCUGGAUGACUUGAAUUAUCCAUAAUAGGACAUACACACUAUAUUACCACUCACACAUCAUAUCAAACCCUCAACCAUCCAUAGCAUGUCAGGUAUGCUGGAAACAAAUGACGGGUCAUGAUCUUUAUUCAUAGGAAAUCCACUAUACCGUACGUAUUGUUGGUUCAAUCUGUGGCCUCUUUUUCUAUUUGGGUCUCGUUUGAGAGUCUAAUCCUCAUGUUGUUGCAGGGGGAAGUGUGUAAUAAAGGAACAAAGUUAUAUAU